AUGAAUAGAGAAGAGAAAAAUGAAGAAAGAAUUGUUGAAAUGAUGGAAGAUAAUGGAUAUUAUCAAAUAAAUAUUUCUAAUACAGAAAACUAUCAAACCAGUGAAAAUGUUACAAAAGAAGAAAAUACAAUGAUUAACAAUGAUGUCAAUGAAUUCAAAAUGGAACAGAGUCCUAUUAUUGGUUAUAGUGAAGAACCUCUGUUACCAUUGGUUAAGGCAUGUGCUCCACUAUCUAACAUAAUCCAUGAUUUAUCGACCUAUGUUGAAAUGGCACUAAAUGAAACUCCAGAAGUUCCACCUGAUGGACUAACAAUUGAUGAAAGUGCUGCCAUUCGACUUUAUACAAUUGAGUGGGAACGACCACAUCGAAGUCUCUAUUCGAUGAUCAAUCAUACUUUGAAAAUGGCAGAUCGUGAAGCACUUCGACCUUAUUUUAAAUAUCUCAAAUUAUUUUUGACUGCUCUCGCCAAAAUACCAUGUGUGCCACCAUUGACUGUAUGGCGAGGAGUAACUAAAAACUUGAGUGGAGAAUUUCCACCUGGUACUUUAGUCACAUGGUGGUCAUUUUCAUCCUGUACAACAUCAUUGACUGUGCUUGAAAAUAAUAUGUAUUUGGGUUACACAGGAGAUCGAACUCUCUUCUCAGUCGAAGUCAUUAAUGGUAGAAUAAUAUGUCCUCAUUCACAUUUCAUUACUGAAGCUGAAAUUCUUCUUCUACCUGGUACUCAUAUGGUAGUUCAAUCUCAAUUGAAUCCAGCACCUGAUCUUUACAUAGUUCAUUUAAAACAAAUCAUACCAGAAGAAACACUUCUAGAACUCCCUUUCGAAGGUGCAAAUCUCUAUCCAAAAGUUAAGUAA